UUAUUUGCUCCCACUUUUGGACCUGAUGCAAACUUAACGUAUCAAUCUUCCAAUUUCCCAAUAGACCAAAAACUCUAUCAUCACUUAAUUGCGGGUGAUGAUGUACUGGGGGACUGGCUUUGUUUCCAGACGGUCUAAACAAAGAAGCUUUCCCAAAAACCCGACAUUGUUUGGCCCUCAUAUUUGCUCUUUCCGGGCAAGAAGGUCCAGACAAUACCUUCUGCUGUGAUUGUAGUAACCAUUCCUUAAUAGGCCUCUAGAUACAACCAGGAGGAGCAAAGUUUGGCACCUCUCAGCACCAACAUACUCCCAUGUUCGCCCCUUCAAUGCUCCUGACUUGCUAUUCUGAAAUGUUAUUGGCAUUAUUAGAACCAUUCAGAAUACCUAAUACAUUAACAAUGUCAAGGCCUCCCUGUCGUCAUAUAAUAUGUUUGUCUACACAACGCAUCCAACUUCAGCACUGUCUACACACACCACAAGGUGCACAAUCCUUCCUCAAGGACCAUUUUAUAAGAAAGAACUCUUUUCCAUCAUAUUUGACCCAAAUCUAUCCCCUUCCCACUUCUUCCUUCCGACUGGCUGAACACCCCCUCCGCUGCACCAUGAGCACCCACGGAAAGUCAUGGGAGCCCGCCUACAAGAUCGAGGUGAGCUACACCUGCGGGCACUCCGACACGGAGACCUUCCACGGCAUCACGGAGAUCGAGCGCUUCCUCGGCCACGAUCUCGACCCGAACUAUGAUCCCGUCGCCACCACGCAGCUGCGGCUUGCGGGAGAGUGCGACCGCAGCGGCUACCUCAUGACCUGCAUGGAGCAGCAGGGACUGGGCUGGUACCAGAGGAAGGCGCAUAGGGAUUGCGAGAAGACGGCGCAGCGCUCGAAGGCGAGGCUGAUAGACCUGCGGCUGCGCGUCAAGAGCGUCGAGGCGAACAUCAUGCCCGAGCUCCCUGAGGGGUUCACGUUUCCGGGCGAGAGCGUCAAGAGUUCGGAGGAGCUGACGGAGCGGCUGAAGUAUGCUCAAGGGAUGUAUGAGGUUAUUCAUGACGAACUGAUACAGGCGUUCAAGGAGUGUGCGGAGUUGAUCUUCGCGACGACCAUGCCCAAGGAGCGGGACGGGGAGACGGAGAGUCUAUCUGACUUCGAGGGGCGUUGCACAGCGAAGAUUUGCGAAUUCAAUGCUAAAAAGCUUAGUGUGUACGCGGAGGUCGUGAGGGAGAUAGAACGGAUGGCUAAGUGGCCGCCAAAACGUCCUCCAUACACGAAGCGAUGCGUAAUUAAAGCACGCCGGCCCAAGUCAGAGAGUAUCUCAUGAGCGUGACCGAGAUCGAAUUCCUGUCACUAGGGUACAUUUUCUACAUCAGGCUCCCAUAGCUGAGCUCAUGGGUCGCCAUUCAUAUCAUACCACUUUAUUGCCAUACCAAAGAU